AUGGAAUCCCAUAUAAGAUAUCUGGAUGAGCUCAUUCUUGCUAUCGAGGGCACAGAAUUUAUUACAAAGGAUGAGUAUUUCACAUAUCCACCGAACAUUAAUUUAAAUGACGAUACCAAAUACAUUAAAAUUAUCAAGACACUACUAAAAAACCUAAAAGAAUCCCCAGACACCUCGUCAAUGAUCAACGACAAAGUAUUUUCCAAAUCAAUUAUUGUGCUUGAUAUAUUGUUCCAAAAGAAGCCUUAUUUACUGGUAUGCAGCGACCUCCUUGAUAAAAAUUUACUUACCAUUAUAUCAUUAAUCGACGAGUUUCUAAUAGUCUCUAACCUGAACUAUGCAAUACGGCAUAGACAAUGGUUCAUACGAAAGAAAGUGGGUUCAUGGUGUAAGCUGACUACUAUCUUAUUUGGGCGACAGUGCAAAAACAAAAUAUCAGAGCAUUUCCAAGCUACUCUAGCAUCUGUCGAACGAGAAAUAAAAGGUGUUUUGAUGAACCAAUGCGAAACAGCAAUUUUCUAUUCGCAAAUAGCAAGAAUGUGGACAUUGUUAUACUGGCUGAAUUCACCUCGAGAAAUAUUCGGAUCCUGUCUCCUAUUUUUAGACUCAUCAACCGGACUAUGUAAAUGGAAUUUUGAAUUUCAACGGUUGAUUCGAAUUAUUUUUUUUGUCUUUGACUCGAUUAAAAUAGAAUCGCAACAAUGCCUAAAUUUGCAACUGGAUUAUCUGUCUCUGUUAGUACUAAGCUUAUCUGAUAAGUCAAUGAUGAACGAAAAGAAAAAAUUAACAAUUAUAUCAACUUGUGAAUUAAAAUAUGUGUUAUCUAUUAUGCAUCAUAUUUUGGAACGUCCAAGACAUAUCCUUCCGAACAACGCAUCAUUUGCCAAAUCAAUUCUACGGGUUUACCUUCUUUGCAUUUCCUCUGAUAGUUUUGAUUCACUACUUUAUACAUUUAUUAGCAAUUUUUCAAUCGAACAUUGGAUAAAACAUGACACAUUGGAGCUAAGAAAGGAUAAUGCCGCUGAUCUGCCGUUAUCGUUCGAUAUAUUCACAAAUAAAGCACUUCUUUUGAUCUAUUUCGAUAUUCAAAGAAGAACUGCAUCAUCAGGUGAAUUAGAAUACAAUGAGAAGUAUAGUAUUUGGUGUUCUAGGUCCUCUCAGACCACGUCUUUGAUUGAGAUGGCAACUACUCCUUUUCCAGGCAAUGAGAAACAAAUAGAGAAAAUCAGAAUACUGAUAUUGGAAAGCUUUCAUAAAAAUAAAAAAUACUCUAUUCUGAAUAGCGAAUUGAAUGUACUGAGCCCAGGAAUGACAAAACGAACGAGUAACAACCCACGACUGCUAUUUAAUGAGAUUUCAGUAUCCAUACAAACGUGCUUAACAACGAAUAAUACCAGCCGUUUAGUGGACAACAUCAAAAUUCUAGCUAAUUUGACAUGCUUUGAAAAUUCCAACCGAGAAGGCUUAGCUGAUUGGAAUACAUGUCAGUUAUGUGAUUCUGUAGGCUCAUGUAAUAUUUUCGAACGAAUCGAUCCAGAUAGAAACAUUAGUGCCGCGGCAUCACCUGCAUUGACAAUCCUUAAUAAAUAUCUUCUUUUACCAGAGUACACCAAUAAAUACAACGACUCGGUAUUAGCUAGCAUUUUGUUAUGCCUUCAGAGAAUUUUUAUGCACUAUCAACCUCCAAAACUAGAUCAUGAAGAACUUCAAUUAGGAAGUUCCCUUUUUAGAUUUUUUACGCUGUGUUUUAAGCACCCAAAACGGUACAUUCGUCUUUUAAGUAGCCGACUACUACCGCUAUGGAACUUGACAACACUCGACAUAAAUAGAGAUCAACAAACUGCUACUUUGAUAAAAUUUUUACAGGCAAAUAACGAAGAAAACCUAACAGAGGUUUGGGUGAUAAGUUGGACCCAACUAACACUGACUACAUCAGGUGAGGUUUUUGAUAGUCUUCUUCUAAAGCUAUUUGACAUUUUCAGUUCUAAGAAAUAUGCAUUGUUUUCGAUGAUGGCUGUUCAAAUCAAAAUAAUGGCAUUUAUGUUACACAAGACUCCUUAUACACUACUCUCCCCUAUCCUUCCAAUUUUGUUACGGCAGUUGGGAAAAAACCUAGUAGAAAAAAAGAAUACGUUCUAUCGUCUAAUUAACUUACUAGGAUAUUCUGCAAAAACAAUUCUAGGAAUGUUCCAAAGAUAUAUCGUCCCUUAUGCAAUAACCCAAUAUAGGACGGACGUUUUUAGCGAAGUUGCUAAAAUAAUGUGUGAUUGCGAUCCAACACUGUUGCUUGAAGAGAAAAAAACUUUACUAAGUAAAAAUAGUCGAUAUAUUUUUGCAGUAGCGCUGGUAAAACAUGGAUUUUUCUCUUUGGAAACAUUGGAAACUCUUUUUCUCAAUCGUGUUCCAUCCUUCGACAAAAACUAUAUCACAGCAUAUUUGCCAGAUUAUAAGACAUUAGCAGAGGUUGUCAAAUUGUAUAAAAACUCAGAAGGAUCCGAACCUGAAUUUGUCGAGAAUGAAAAAUCGGUCCUAGCUGCAUUACGAUUUUUACUCAUAAAUUUCACCACUGGAAAACAUUUGUUACCUCGUUAUAAACCAAAUUCAAAUUCUGAGUGGUCCAUUGAACAAGAGGAAUGUUUUCAACGUAAUUUACUGCAGAACAUCUUAGGUAUUUUCCAAGUUUUUUCAAGUGAUAUCCAUGAUGUUGGUGGAAGGACUACAUACUAUGAAAAAUUAAGGGUUGUUAAUGGUAUAUCAUUCUUAAUAAAAUAUGCUUCAAAAAAAGCUAUUAUUUCGGCGCUGGCCCAAAUUAGCAUAUGUUUACAAACUGGUCUUGAAAUAUGUGAAGUCCGAUAUAGUGCUCUCCGUUGUUGGUAUCUUCUAAUUGAAAACCUUAACGAUGAGGAACUUUCCACGAUAAUUGACGCUUUCAUCGCUUAUAUCCUUCAGCAAUGGUCACAAUUUGACUCAAAAACGAAAACAAUUGUUUACGAAAUUCUGGAUGUCUUGGUCAAAACAAAAAGUGAUCUGACAGUAGUGUUGAAACCAUAUAUUAGCGUGGCAUUGGCGGGUAGUGCACAAGUAGACAUUUUAUCAAGAGAUGGUGCUUUCGCAAGAAUAAUACAUAAAAUAAAAAUAAUAUCGAUUUGGUUCCGAUUUUUUUCGAAAAACCUUGAAAGCAACAAUAAAUACAUAAUUCACCAGAAUCUCAAUGAUUUAGAAUUGCAUUUAAGAAAACAAAACGAAAGAAUAACAAAUAGAUGGAUGGGGAAUACGGAUUUAUCGAUGCUAUUAGAGGCCCUGUUGCGAACGUCACAAAAAUUCAGAACGAUAGAUGAUGAAUUAUGUAAAAAAAGUGCCCGUUGCAUUGGGUUGAUAGGUACAUUUGACAUAACCAAGAAUAAAUUCAAUGAGAGAAAAUCCGUUGGUGACGAGAUAUUCGAUUUUAACAAUGACGUGGAAACUAUAAAAUUCCUGAUAUGGGUAAUUAAUGAUAUUUUAGUACCUGCAUUCUGGCAAAGUGAGAAUCCUAGUAAACAACUUUUCGUAGCGCUCGUACUUCAAGAGUCCCUAAAAUACUGUGGUCUAAGUAGCGAUUCAUGGGAUAUUAACAAGAGGGAAUUGUUUCCAAAUGAAUGGAUUUUGUGGAACAAAUUUAAUACGAUCUCCAAAACUACCCUAUAUCCGUUGUUAUCGUCUUUGUAUCUGGCACAGUCAUGGAAAGAAUACGUCCCGUUACAAUAUCCUUCCUUUAAAAUUGAAGACGGUUAUCGAUCUUGGAUAAAAAGUUUUACGUUAGAUUUACUUAAAACAGGUACAGAUGAGACUCAUCCACUUCACGUGUUUUCUUCAUUAAUCCGGGAGGAUGAUGGUUCGCUUUCAAAUUUUCUUUUGCCGUAUAUUAUAACUGUAAUAAUUGUUAAAGAAGAGACAGGAUCGAGUUCAUCCGAUCUAAUGAAUAAUAUCAUUAUGGAAUUCAAAUUUAUUUUUGGAUUUAGUACAGCUGGAUUGAAUCAUCUUCAGCUCGAUUCGUUAAAAAUGUGCUAUGAGUCCAUCUUUAAAGUUUUAGAGUAUGUGAGAAAAUGGAUAACUAAUUUUAGGCAGAAAUAUCAUGAGAGUAAUGGAACAUCAAUCAUACGAGAAGAGAAGACCUUGAAAAUGCUGAAGAAAGUUGAAGAAUUUUUGCAUUCGAUCGAACCUGAACUCCUGGCGCGGCGGUCAUUGGAGACCAACUCCUUCGAAAGGUCAGCUCUAUUUUUGGAGCAGUGCUACCGCGAAAACGGAAAGAACUUAGGUAACACAGAAUUACUUUGUAAUCUACAAAAAACAUAUGAAGAGAUAGGAGAUGUCGACUCAAUUGACGGAAUAUUGAAGAGCUUCUCUACUGGAAAUCUGAUUUCGAAAAUCGAAGAAUUGCAAUAUUCAAAGAGUUGGUCCAUGGCCCAAGACUGUUUUUCUGCACUGAGUGGAAUUUCUGAUGACACUGCAAUUGCGACUCGAAUGGUGAAAACUUUGUAUAAUCAUCAAUUAUAUUCUCAAGUUUUAGCUAAGCUACCAGCUUGUGUUAAUAAAAGCUAUACCGCAGCGCGGGAAAUGAAGGAAUGGUACAAAAUGGGUUUAUCCGCUGCGAAUGUAGAAGGAAAUAUUUCCCUGUUGAAAGAAUGGAUCCACAGAGUAGAGAUACUAAAGGACGUUAAUGAUCCCGAAAUAAACCUGGAAUACAAUAUUUCGAAGUCACUUAAUGCUGUCGCUUCAGGUGAUCUUCAUAAAACCAAGAAGUACAUCGACCAAUGUUUUGCCUUAAUCGGGACACACCUUACUGCUGCUUCUUCUGGAACAACAUUGGUCAAGAAACAAAAUUUGGUGAUGAAAUUACAUAGUUUAUACGACAUCUUAUUGUUGAGCGAAAAAGAUAACGAGUAUCAAUAUCACGAUGCUAUCUCUGUAUUAGAUUUUCGAAUGAGAAAUAUUAAGGCUGCAUUCGAACCAAACCAUUAUUUGCUUUCAAUCAGAAAGUCGUUUGGUUUAUUACAUAAACAAGAGUAUUCCAAGAAAGAGCUUAUAAAUACAUUCUUUGAGAUCACACAACUUUGUCGAAUGAACUCUAGGUUAGAUAUUGCAUGUGAGUCCUUAAUGUUUUGUCUAGAGAACGGUCAUUCACAAGCAGAGUUGGAAUUUGCUGAAAUUCUAUGGAAACAAGGAGAGAAUGAUAGAGCUUUAAAACUGGUUGAGGAAAUUCAUCAAAGGUUUGGGAGGAAACAAGACGUCAAGAAAAGAGAUAGAUCCGCUGUGUUGUUAAAAUACACUGAAUGGCUUGAUCUUUCAAAUAACUCAGCUUCCGAACAAAUUAUCAAACAAUAUAAAGAAAUAUUCAUAUUGGACCCCACAUGGGAUAAACCAUACUACUCGAUUGGCCAAUACUUUGCCAGGUUAUUAGAGAGGAAGAUUGCUGAAGGAUAUAUUACUGACGGUCAAUUAGAAUACAAAUCGGUAUCAUAUUUUUUGCUUGCCUUUGAAAAGAAUAGUAUUAAGGUUCGGGAAAAUCUCCCAAAGGUUAUUACGUUUUGGUUAGAUAUAGCAUCAGAUUCGAUGAAAGCAUCGUUGCAAAGCGAGAAAGAGAUAUUGCAAACUACAACUAAAGACAUUUGUAAGUGUAUCGAGGGAGCAUUACCACAAUGUCCAACCUACAUAUGGUAUUCCGUUCUAACACAAUUAUUGUCAAGAUUACUUCACACACAUAGAGGUUCUUCAAAAUUAAUAAUGAAAAUUCUAUUAAUGUUAACUGUCGAGUAUCCAGCUCAUUUAUUAUGGUACAUAUCAGGCUUAUUAAAUUCAUCUUCCAAACCACGUGUAAUUGUCGGGCAACAUAUUAUAGAAAAAUAUAGACACCAUCGCUCGCAAGUAAGUGCUUUAGUUGAUGAUUCUUCCAAAUUAACAGCAGCUCUGACAAAGGUUUGUUUGCAGGAUGUUAAGAAUAUAUCAAGUAGAUCCGGUAGAUCAUUAGAGAAAGAUUUCAACUUUGAUGUUAAAAUGGUACCGUCUAACAUGACAGUUCCCGUUAGAAUCAAUUUAGAAAUGCUAUCACCAUUAUCUGCAGAUUCUAUGGAUUUGUAUGUUCCAUUCGGAGAACCAGUAACUAUCUCAAGUUUUGGGAGUUCAUACAAAGUAUUUGCCUCACUAAAGAGACCUAAAAAAUUGAAUAUGAUUGGCUCUAACGGCCACAUCUAUGGUAUUAUGUGUAAAAAGGAAGAUGUUAGACAAGACAACCAGUACAUGCAAUUUGCAACCACAAUGGACUUCUUAUUGAGCAAGGAUGUGGAAUCCAUGAAACGUUACCUUGGGAUUACAACGUAUUCUGUUCUUUCGUUGAGAGAAGAUUGUGGGCUCAUAGAGAUCGUUCCAAACGUUAUCACCUUAAGAUCAAUAUUUGUUACGAAGUAUGAAGGCAUGAAGGUUAAAUAUAAUUUGAAGAGUCUAUACGAAAGUUGGCAAAACACUUCACCAGGGCAAAGGAUUGGAUUCUAUAAGGAACAAUUACUUAAGUUUCCUCCAGUCCUUUAUGAAUGGUUUUUGGAUACAUUUCCCGACCCUAUAAAUUGGUUUAAUGCACGUAACAGGUAUGCACGGUCGUAUGCUGUGAUGGGGAUGGUGGGUUACAUCCUUGGUUUAGGAGAUCGGCAUUGUGAGAAUAUUUUACUAGAUGUUGAAAGUGGUAACGUGCUUCAUGUGGACUUUGAUUGUUUAUUUGAAAAGGGGAAACGUCUACCAAUCCCAGAGAUUGUUCCAUUUAGAUUGACUCAAAAUCUUUAUGACGCUUUAGGAAUAACAGGAACAGAUGGUACUUUCAAGAAAACCAGUGAAGUCACACUGUCCUUAAUGAGAGACAAUGAAGUAGCGUUGAUGAACGUUAUUGAAACGAUUAUGUACGACAGGAACCUAGACGAUACGAUUCAAAGGGCAUUGAAAGUGAUUAGGAACAAAAUUCGUGGGAUAGAUCCAAGAGAUGAACUGAUCCUUAGUGUUCCAGGACAAGUCGAUACAUUGAUCCAAGAAUCAACAACCGACGACAACUUAGGUAAGAUGUAUAUAGGUUGGCUCCCGUUUUGGUGA